AGGCGGAACUCAAAACCGAUAGCAAGUGAACCAACCGGGCUGUUAUUGUUGUUACACCCCACUACUGUCGGCAGGGUUAUGAACAGCUGGGAUUAUUUUUUAGUAUGAUGCAUUAUGGUGACAGAUAAUUAUGUCCUCACUAGAGAAGAAAAGAGUGGAUAAAACGGUUGCAAACGAGGAAUCUGAUGAGAUUGACUGGGGCGGAAGUGGAGCUAACCAGGGGGAGAUUAAGAAGAAGAAGACCCAAAUCUUAUCAAAGAAUGUGCACAUUGGUCUUCCUGAUCCACAUACAGGUGCUGUGAAGUGUUCCCUGAUUGUAGGAGACUACCUCUACUUCCAUUAUGGCUGUGAUGGACAAGACGACAGAGGCUGGGGGUGUGGCUACCGCACAAUUCAAACAAUGGCCUCCUGGCUUUGUCAUAACUGGUCCCCUAUUCAGGACAAACACAGGCCUCCACCAAGCCUCCCUGAAAUCCAACAAGCUUUGGUCAGCAUGGGGGACAAACCAGACUCCUUCUCGUGCUCCAAGGAGUGGAUUGGAACUUUUGAAGCAUCCCUGGUCCUUGACUUUUUCUAUGAUGUCCCCUGUAAAGUGGUUCAUGUUAGAGGUGGGGGUGCAGAGCUGGAGCAGGUUGCAGUGGAAGAGCUACAUCAGCACUUUCAGAAGCAUGGGUCCCCAGUCAUGAUGGGAGGGGACCGGGAUAACUCUUCUAAGGGGAUAUUAGGAGUGUGCACCGGGGACAAGGGGAGUUACUUGCUCGUCCUGGACCCUCACUACUUUGGGGGUGGGCUCGAAAACAUGGAGCUGCAGAGGUGGGCGUGGGUGACAUGGAAAAAAGUAUCAUCUCUGGAUCACUCAUCAUUUUAUAACCUGUGUAUGCCACAGACUGGCAAAAAUAAACAUAAACUAAAUGACUGACCAAUCCUGGAGUUUCUUUUUUAUAUACAGUACCAUUCAUAAGUUUAGACACACCUGAUGGAAAUGCACGUUAUUAUCUUAAAGACAUUUUGAUCUAAAGGCUUAUACUUAAAUGUUUGAAAUGUGUUUCUUAUAGAAAUAGAAUUAGUGAAAUUGAUGCCUACAUAGGCUAUGUUUGCAUUUCUUUCCAAAUCAAAAGUGAUCCGUUGGUUAAAAUCAAUAUAUUGUAAGAAAAAAAAAGAUUAAAAACCCUUGAUGAAAAUAAC